UAAAUCAAAUAUCAACUCUUCUUUCUACUUGCUCCCACCUCCGUUUCUCACCCAAUCUUUAAACUUUAUAAACAAUACAAGCACAAAAUAGUAUAUUGAAUAAAUAAUUAUUGUUUUAUUAAAUUAUAAAGAUACUAGUACCACUCUCUAUUUGUAUAAAUGUUGACCGAAAUUGAAGCUCAAGAGCAAUUAAUAGAGCCUCCUUUGUGCGUGUGUGUAUAUAUAUAAGCUCUCUCUUGUUCCUUCAUCAUCACAAGAAACAACAAGGGAUUUCCAUGGAAGUCUCAAAAGAAGAAGCUCGAGUGGCACCCGCACCGGCCCUAGUGGCGAUGCUGCCAUCCCCUGGCAUGGGCCACCUAAUCCCAAUGAUCGAGUUCGCAAAGCGAGUGGUGUGCUACCAUAACCUGGCGGUGAGCUUCGUGAUCCCCACUGACGGCCCACCUUCAAAAGCCCAAAAGGCAGUUCUGGAGGCCCUUCCGGACUCCAUUUCCCACACCUUCCUCCCUCCGGUCAAUCUCUCCGACUUCCCGCCGGACACCAAAAUCGAAACCCUGAUCUCCCACACCGUCCUCCGCUCCCUUCCUUCCCUCCGCCAAGCAUUCCACUCCCUCUCCGCCACAAACACCCUCUCCGCCGUCGUCGUGGACCUCUUCUCCACCGACGCCUUCGACGUCGCCGCCGAAUUCAAUGCCUCCCCCUACGUCUUCUAUCCCUCCACUGCCACCGUCCUCUCCUUGUUCUUCCACCUCCCCACCCUCGACCAGCAGGUCCAGUGCGAGUUCCGAGACCUCCCAGAACCGGUCAGCAUCCCCGGUUGCAUUCCUCUUCCCGGCAAGGACCUGUUGGACCCGGUUCAGGACCGCAAAAACGAGGCCUACAAGUGGAUCCUACACCACUGCAAGCGAUACAAAGAAGCCGAGGGGAUAAUCGGGAACAGCUUCGAGGAGCUCGAACCGGGAGCCUGGAACGAGCUGCAAAAGGAAGAACAAGGGAGGCCUCCGGUUUACGCGGUGGGACCGCUUGUAAGAAUGGAAGCAGGUCAGGCCGACUCGGAGUGCUUGAGGUGGCUGGACGAGCAGCCACGUGGAAGUGUUUUGUUUGUUUCCUUCGGAAGCGGUGGGACACUCUCGAGUGCACAGAUCAACGAGCUGGCUCUCGGGUUGGAAAAAAGUGAGCAACGGUUUCUGUGGGUGGUGAAGAGCCCAAACGAAGAAAUAGCCAACGCGACGUACUUCAGCGCCGAGAGCCAAGCGGAUCCCUUGCAGUUCUUACCGGAAGGGUUCGUGGAGAGAACAAAAGGAAGAGGGUUUUUGGUUCAGUCUUGGGCUCCGCAGCCUCAGGUAUUGGGCCAUCCAUCCACGGGUGGGUUCUUGACCCACUGCGGCUGGAACUCUAUUCUGGAGAGCGUGGUGAACGGUGUGCCUUUCAUAGCCUGGCCUCUGUUCGCGGAGCAGAGGACCAACGCCUUUAUGCUCACGCAUGACGUCAAGGUGGCGCUGAGGCCCAACGUUGCAGAGAGUGGCUUGGUGGAGAGACAGGAGAUAGCCAGCCUAGUCAAGUGCCUCAUGGAAGGUGAACAAGGGAAGAAGCUUCGUUACCGAAUCAAGGAUAUCAAGGAGGCUGCGGCUAAGGCUCUCGCUCAACAUGGUUCCUCCACCACCAACAUCUCCAAUUUGGCUCUCAAGUGGACCCACAAAUUCAACUAGUAGCUUCUUCCUUUCAAUUAUCUGCACUUAACUUAUCAAAUGUCACUUUGCAUACAUGACAUUAAUAAAAUAAUUGGGUAAGUGUACGUAAAUUUCAAAUCCACAUCCCGAGGAUGUUCAAUGGCUAGACCUCUAACUUGUAGUAUAUGUUUCAAAAUGCCUUUCAACCUUAAAUUACUAAGUUCUAUGGCUGCCUGGCUAAUUAAUUAACGUCAAUUUCUUCAGUUUGGUAAAUGCCUUCAACCAGAAAAGGAGUACGGUAUAUCCUUUGAUCAAUCAUCAAGGAUUAAGCACUAGUUUUUAGAAUCUGCUUUAUAUUUUUUUUUCGUGGUCUAAAAUUUAUGACAUUCUUGUAGAGCUGCUAAAUAUAUAAUAUGCUUGCUGUCAGUACUCAUGUUCUUUUGUCUCUGGCCCCGUCCCAUGCGGAUGGCAUUUUGCUUGGUGAGCCACCCCAUAUAUGGUGCUCUCACCAUCUUUAUCUCAUGUACCUCAUAUUCCACUAUUUUUUGGAUUGAUACAUCCUAUUCCCACUUUAA